AUGUCUUUCAAUACACUCUUUUUCAAGCACCUCUUGGUAGGUGCCGCCCUCCUUCCAGGCGUCGCCUUGUCCUCUCCCGUCGGCAGCGUCGACGCGCGAGGCGUCAAGGUCAUUUCGGCGCCCUUGGAAAAUGUCACGCCCACCAUCAUCGACCACGGUCCUCUCGACCUCGAGGGCAUUGAGCGCCUCAAGGACUCUCUCACAAAGUCUAUUCGUCCGACCCAAACUCCGGAACCGAACAGAAUCAAGCGCCAGGACGCCGCAUCGGGCACCGUUCCCAACUCUUUGACAGUCGCCACUAGCGAUGCCUUCGUUUCGGUCGAUGUAGGCGACAUCAAUCUCAUUGACAGCAAUGCUGCCAACUGUCACUCUGAGGAGCUCAAUGGGCCGUUCGAUUCUAUUCAGUUCUUUACUGGGUCUACCAACAUGCGCGCCAUCAAUGCUACUAGCAGCAAUGGAAACACAAGCUCAAUCACCAGCAAACUCGAAGGUUGGGCUGAUGCCGGCGUAUUCAAAUUUGAAAACGGCGACCGCAUCGCAGAGUUCUGGGUUCUCGAGAACCGUGGCUCUUUCCACGGCUUCAACUUCACGACCACUAGCGGAAAGACAUACUCUGCCAUGGGUCAGGUCCUCCGCAGCCCUCCCCCGAUGCAAAAAGUCCCCGUGGGAUCCGGCAUCCUAGGCCGUAUGCGCGUGCAGUACUGCAACAUUGGUCUGAUCGGUCACGUCGGCUUCGACUUCCUCGACGAGCUCCAGUCUGUCUCCGUCAGCAACAUUGCGUACUCCGGCUUCACAGAUAACAUCAUGCCCUCUGGCCCCGGACAGACCAUGACUGUUGGCUCUCAGAUUGUCGACAACCGUAACUCCACUGCCGAGCAGAUCAUCACGAUCAUGACGAUGGAUGCCGUUACCAAGUCGCACACUUUGAGCGUUGCAAACCAGUGGAAUGUCGGAGGUCGUGUUGCCGUCGAGGCUGAGGCUGGUAUUCCUUUCGUUGGAAAGUCGAAGGUGACUACGGAGUUCUCCUGGCAGGUGCAAAAGACCACCACCGAAGAAGACACCGAGGGAGAGACUUUGACCAAGUCUGCCACCAUCAAUCUCAAGUGCCCGCCCAAGAAGUACUGCGUCGGCUCGUCCUUCUUCACGAUCUUCAAGAUGAAUGUCGAGGCCGAAGCUACCUUCCGCGCAAAGACCAAGUCGGGCAAGGACUUUUUCUGGAAGCAGAAGGGCAAGUACGAAGGCGCAGACUCCCUCGCCCUACAACUGCAGGUUGACGAGGCAGACGGCGUCAUUGGAAAGCGUGCUUUCGUUGUCAAGAAAUUCUGA